AUGCCUGGCUUAAGCUUUGACAAUUACCAAAGAAACCAUUUCUUGACCACCAAGGGUUUUGGUGCUCCAACCGCAACAUCUACAGGUACCACAAUUGUGGGAUGUCAGUUCAAAGGCGGAGUGGUGAUCGCUGCCGAUACCAGAGCCACCGCAGGAGACAUUGUUGCCGACAAGAAUUGUGAAAAGUUACAUCGUUUGGCUCCCAAGAUUUGGUGUGCUGGUGCAGGUACCGCCGCCGAUACCGAGAUGGUUACACAAUUGAUAGCAUCCAACUUGGAGUUGCACUCAUUACUGCAGAACCGUGAUCCUAGGGUGAUCACCGCAUUGACCAUGUUAAAGCAGCACUUGUUCAAGUAUCAGGGACACUUGGGCGCUUACUUAAUUGUGGCUGGCGUGGACCCUACUGGCGCACACUUGUUGUCAGUCCAGGCCCACGGGUCUACUGACGUUGGUAAGUACCAGUCGUUGGGAUCCGGUUCCUUGGCUGCCAUGGCUGUGUUGGAAACCCACUUUAAGGAAGACAUGACCAAGGAAGAGGCCAUGAAGUUGUGCGCCGAUGCCAUUGAGUCGGGUAUCUGGAACGAUUUGGGUUCCGGUUCCAACGUCGACUUGUGUGUCAUGGAAGUCGGCAAGGAUGCCGAGCUCUACAGAAAUUACCUUACACCUAAUGUUAGAUCUCAAAAGGCCAAAAACUACGUUUUCCCCAGAGGCACCACAGGUGUGUUGAGAGAAAACGUCCGUGAGCUUUUGGACAUAGAGGAAACCGUGGUGACUUUCGGCGACGCCAUGGAAGUGGACGCUUAA